UAAGUAUAGACGUUUCUUUCGAUUAGUUGUGAGUUGUUUGUGAACGGUGUGAAGAUGGUGUUUCAAACUAAACGAAAAUUUCUCUUAUUUUUUUGCCAUAUAAUGGCCAUAACUAUAUGCACGGAAUCGGCAAUUAUAAAGCAGAAUUCGAAUUCAUCCUAUAUGACUGCCCGUGAUGCCAUCAUCCAUGCCGAGGAUCUACUCAGUAUAGGCGGUCAUUUGAUUUUAAAUGAACGUGAAAAUCAAGUCGACGAAAUUUUUCUCCGCUACAAAUAUGAUGAAUUGGCUAGGGGUUUUCAGGAUGCCGAUCAGAAUGUGGGCGCUAUGCAUUUCUUCAAAGCCAAACCCAUGAUUGAACAGAGUAAAGUCUUUCAGUUUUUGCAACAAAUGCCCAAGGGGGCAUUAUUGCAUGCUCACACAUCGGCAACAGUCUCCUCGAAAUGGGUGGUGGAAAAUAUAUUCCAAAUGCCAGGACUCUUGAGAUGUGUACGAUCGGAUGGUGUUAGUAUAUUGAGUUUCCGUCGUAUGCCCGAAAAGCAUAACUGUACGAGCGAUUAUGUGUUGGUGAGUGAUGAAAGAAAUCGGGCAGAUUCCGCCGAAGGAUAUGACCAAUCAUUGGAGGGUCUUAUCAAUUUGUAUACACCCAUGCCAGAGUUGGAAUAUCCAACCAUAACUCGUGUCUGGACCCGAUUCCAGAACAUGUUCAGUACCAUGUCCGAUGUUUUGCUAUAUUUGCCCGCCUACCGGGCAUAUCACUGGCAAAUGUUGCAGGAAAUGUACGACGACAAUAUUAUGUAUUCCGAAGUUCGCAUGAAUAUGUACGAGUUGUACGAUGCCAAUAACAACACCUUUACGGGGGAACGUUGUCUGCUAGAACUCAUGCAUCUGGUGGCUCAAUUCAGACAACAACAUCCAGAUUUCUUGGGUAUUAAAAUAAUCAUUUCGCCCAGUCGUAAUACCGCUCCUGAGGGAAUACAGCAACGUUUCGAUAACUUUAAAAUGUAUCAUUCCCUGUAUCCCAAGACAUUGAUUGGCUUUGAUUUGGUGGGUCAAGAAGAUACGGGAAGGCCUUUGAUUGAAUUUGUCAGCAUUCUAAAUCAGCAACCCGAAACGGCUAAAUUCUUUUUCCAUGCUGGCGAGACAAAUUGGUUUGGUUCCCCAAUCGAUUACAAUAUCCUCGAUGCCCUGCUCUUGAACACCACACGUAUUGGCCAUGGCUAUGCCUUGAUAAAACAUCCCAUGUUAUGGAACGAGGUGAAGGCCCGUGACAUAGCCAUUGAAGUUAAUCCGUUAUCCAAUCAAAUAUUGCAUUUGGUAUGGGAUCUACGUAACCACCCCGGCGCUUUAUUCAUUGCCCAGGACAUACCCAUGGUGAUAUGCAAUGAUGAUCCUGGUUUCUGGAAUGCCAAGGGUUUGAGUUAUGAUUUCUAUUAUGCCAUUAUGAGUAUGGCGCCAAACAAUGCCGGCCUCAAGACUCUCAAGCAAUUGGUAUGGAAUUCUUUGAAAUAUUCAACAUUUGAUGAGUGUGAACGGAAGAAUGCCUACGAGUUGUUGCAAACAAAAUGGGAUCAGUUUAUUGAUAAUGUGCUUAACGGCAUUGUGGUUUGAUUUGUUCUAUUUCAAAAUAACUUUUUAAUAAACAAAAAUUAUUAAAUCGUUUGCAGAAAAAAACGAA